UCGGACCCUCUCUCUCCUCUCUUUGUCAUUUCGUUUUCUUCGCUCGACCCCCAUCCCUUCACACCCACCUCCACCCCCCACCCUUUCAUUCUUCUUGGUUUCUUGGAAGAAUUCAUGUCGCAGGACAAGGGUCGACCGUUACCAAAGUUUGGUGAAUGGGAUGUAAAUGACCCUGCUUCUGCAGAGGGAUUCACUGUGAUCUUCAAUAAAGCCAGGGAUGAGAGGAAGACAGGUGGCAGCACACGAGGCGUGGACUCUCCUGGAAAGGAGGAGACAGCCUUUAAACAUGGGCCUUAUGCUACCAAGCCUAAUGUGAAUGCUAAAAAAUGGUUUUGCUGCAUUCAAGCUAGUUCAGCGGAUUCUUGAUUGAUCAAGGAUUCUUGAUUGAUCAAGGCUGACUUGUAAGAGCAGGGUCAGAAUAUGUGUUGGUUUUGCAAUAUUUUCUGAGGAUCAAAGCCUUAGCUCUGGCAGCAGGUUCUGUUUGAUUUUCCUUUGCAGUAGUUUUGUGAAGGUGAGAUGGUGUGAGAGGGAGUGACAGGGUGAGGAGGAUGGAAGAGCAAGGAAUUGUUUUUUCACCUAUGUAAUUAUAUGAAUGUAUACUGGAGAUAUAAUCAGAACCUGAGUUUGUCUAUUCUUAUUAUUUGAUAUUUUACUGGUGUUUCUGCUGUCAUU